AUGGCUCAAUCCGUUCCCCCAGGUGACAUCACCACCCAGCCCAACGCCAAGGUCGUCUUCAACGCCCCCUAUGACGACAAGCACACCUACCACAUCAAGGUAAAUGAGAGCUUUUUGUGGGUUUUCUCAAUAGCACCGUUUUUUGACGUAACUUUUUUUGGUCUAGCUUUUUUGGUCUAGCUUUUUUUGGUUUCGCUUUUUUUGGCUAGCUUUUUGGCCUAGCUUUUUUGGCCUAUAUUUUUUGGCCUACUUUUUUGUUUUUGCUUUUUUUGGCCUAGAUUUUCUUGGCCUGGUUUUUGGCCUAGCUUUUUGGCCUUGACUUUGCCUAGUUCUUUUGCCUGGUUUUUUGGCCCCGCUUUUUUGGCCUGGGUUUUUUUGCCUUAGCCUAGAUUUUUUGGCGUAUUUUUUUGGGCUAGCUUUUUUCGACUAGCUUUUUUGCCCUAGCUUUUCUGGGCAAGUUUGUUCACCGCGCUGGCCUAGGUUUCAUUUCCUUCUAAACCCCCACUUUUCUAGGUCAUCAACUCUGGUGGUCGCCGUAUCGGAUGGGCCUUCAAGACCACCAACAUGAAGCGCCUCGGUGUUGACCCCCCAUGUGGUGUCCUGGACCCCAAGGAGUCCGUUUUGGUUGCCGUCUCCUGCGACGCCUUCAACUUCGGCCAGGAAGACACCAACAACGACCGUAUCACCAUCGAAUGGACCAACACCCCCGAUGGAGCCGCCAAGCAGUUCCGCCGUGAGUGGUUCCAAGGCGACGGUAUGGUCCGCAGAAAGAAUCUCCCCAUCGAGUACAAUCCUUGA